UUGUCAACGGCGGUGAAUACUGAAGCGCCAGUUUUCUAAGCAUUUACUAAAGACACUGGACCUUUAACACACGAUAUAGAGUGCAAAACGAUACUUUAAAUUAAGUUUUCAUUGGUGAUACAUUCCAGUGAAUUCUACAUUACAACCUGUGCAUGUUUGGGAAUAUAGUAGAAAAUAAUCGAAGUUUGUUUUAAGAGAGGAGGGAAUUGGAAACUAUACCAUUAACUGACAAUCAUUUCAAUAACUAUUUGCUACUCCGGAGUUUUUUCCUUAACGGCCGACCUGCCCACGACGAAAAGCAACACGUUGCCGAAGUUUGGAAUUCCCCGUUCGGAACGGAACGGUUCACUUGACAUCGCUCACGUCGUCCGCGACAGAACCGAGAGAGAUCCUGAACAGUGAAGUGAGCGAACGAACAGCAAAUUCAGUCAGUGCGCACUCAGAUCUCGUGGAGGAUACACCGCCGCAGCAAGUUUAUUCGCCUUACGAAACGAAAAGUUCCUUUGUUUUCUGUGCCGUUAAAGACACUUCAAGAUGGGGUGUUGUAACAAAUUCUCCCUGUUUGUCAUCAAUUUUCUAGUGUUUGGCAUUGGGGUUGCAGUUGUAGUACUAGCAUCCUUGGUCAUCUCCAAGGAUAAUGUGUAUGGCGCCCUCCUGCAACAAGGCGUUCUUUCCUUGCCUAUCAUAAUUCUCAUCGCCGGACUCCUUAUUCUUCUGAUCGGCUUCCUGGGAUGCUGUGGUGCCCUCAAGGAAAACUCUUGCAUGCUCAAGACAUAUGCUGCCAUAGUUUUAAUCCUUUUGAUAGCAGAGGUCGUCCUUGGCAUCCUGAUUCUUGUCUACACAAACCAAGCCGAAAACAUCAUUAAGGAUGGAAUGGGCGAUAUUUUCGAGCAAUACGGCAAUGGAGACAAGGCUCUGAAGGAAUCCCUUGAUCACGCUCAGUAUGAUCUGAAGUGCUGCGGGGUUAACAACUACACUGACUGGAGUGAAUACAAUUACGGCAAAGGUACUGGUAAUGUAGCUGAUGGAUGUUGCAAGAUUAUGGCGGACGGCUGUGGUCAAGGGGUCCUCUACAAAUCUCCGUCUGAAAUUGACCAGCUUAUCCACACUCAAGGUUGUUACGAUGCCAUCAAAGAAGACAUCCAAGGAGUCACCAUUGGUCUCGGGGUGGUUUGCAUUGCUCUUGCGCUUGUGCAGCUCCUGAGCAUCAGCUGUGCCUGCGGCAUCGCAAACAAAUCUAGCCAUUACGCAUAAGUGGCUGAUACAUGCUGUAGGUAAUGUCUGUGUUUGUUCUUCAAAGGAACAAUAAAAGAGAGGGUAUUUUUUAAGUACGGUAACGUGAAAAGGGAGUAUUCAGUGCAUGGGUUAUAUUUUAAGUGUGGCUAAGUACGGAAAUGUGACAUGGCUAUUUUAUUUUUAAUACAAAGGCAGUAAUAGUAUUCAGAUUUAUCACACUGCCUUCUGUGCACAAAGUGCUGCUCCUUGAGCAGUUCAGCAAAUCUACCACUACAUGUAAAUACUGUUACGGAACGGUAGAAGAUCGUAAGCUCUUUGGUUUGAUACAAUAAAAAGACUAUUUUCUUAAUGAAGUAGCUACCUGUUAACCUAGUCGUUUAUACUGUAUAGUGUUUCUCUUAAUAUAUUACAUCAAACGUCCAUUCCAUGAUCUUUUUGUUUGGAGAAAACUGAAAAUACCCUUAUGGUUUGUGAGAUUUAUUAAAAUGUUUUUUUAUUAAA